GUUCCUUCUCAGUGCAGUCACUGUAAUAUCUAUGGAGCCAGCCGUGUGCUGUACUUGGCUAUCUCUAUCAGUUCCAUAGGCUUUCAGUGGGGCGCCACCGAUCCAUUCCAUUUGCUUGAGGUUAAAUGACAAAUAUGUAGCAGUGUACAUCUGACAUUUAUGCUUUUAUUAAGGUUGAAGAACAAACUGAUUGCAAGAUUUUUGAUGGCCAUUUUGUCUCACCAUUGGUCCACUAUGUGCCAGAUGUUAUGCCGUCUGAAACGGUAACGGCUAGAUUUCAAUUUUUGGUGCCUAAAGAAUGGAAGAGCAAGUACCGGCCUGUAUGCAUCCAUCUAGCUGGCACGGGUGAUCAUUAUUUCUGGAGAAGGCGAACGUUAAUGGCCCGUCCUAUGCUCAAAGAGGCUGGCAUGGCUUCCCUGUUGUUAGAAAAUCCUUAUUAUGGCUACAGAAAACCAAAGGACCAACGGAGAUCAAGCUUAAAGAAUGUUUCUGACUUAUUUGUCAUGGGUGGUGCCCUUGUGCUAGAGUCAGCAGCCCUCCUUCACUGGCUGGAGAGAGAAGGGUAUGGUCCUCUGGGAAUCACUGGCAUUUCAAUGGGAGGACAUAUGGCUUCUUUAGCAGUUACCAACUGGCCUAAACCGAUACCAUUAAUUCCAUGCCUUUCAUGGUCAACAGCCUCUGCAGUCUUUACCACGGGUGUUCUAAGCAGAGCUGUUAACUGGAGGGAACUUGAAAAACAAUACUGCACACAGUCCGUCUAUGAGGAGAUCAUGCAAUUACUUGAAUACUGUGGGACAGAUUCUUUCAAGAUGGGACAAGACUUUGUGAAGAAUUCUCCAAACAGUGUGGAUAACCUGACCCACCUAAAACUUGCUGCUAGCAUCUUCCGCCUUAACAGAAGCCAGAAACCAUUAUCUGCUGAGCCUAUACAAGCAUCAACUAACAAUGAACUGAUGUUCCAAAGUGACCCUAAAGGGACGUAUAUCGGGCAGGCAGUGACUGGUGGUCUAAACACUCACCUGAAAAGGGAACAGGCAAAAAGAAGUGAAGCUCUGCAGAGAGAGUCCCUGCUAUUCAUGAAAGGAGUGAUGGAUGAAUGUACACACGUGGCCAACUUUUCAGUUCCGGUGGACCCAACCUUAAUCACAGUUGUUCAAGCCAAAGAGGAUGCCUAUGUCCCAAGAGUUGGUGUACGCAGCCUCCAAGAGAUUUGGCCUGGGUGUGAGGUUCGAUAUAUAGAAGGCGGCCAUGUCAGUGCUUAUCUCUUUAAACAAGGGCUUUUCAGGCAAGCAAUCUAUGAUGCCUUUAAUCGAUUUCUUCAGAAAUAUCCUAUGUCUUUGUGAUUUGGUGUGGUUUACUUUGAACGUCCACGUUCAUUCCGUCCUCGUAUUACAGACUGAGCAUGGUUAUCAUUAAUAGAAGAUCACUAUGGUUCAGUAAUUCAUCGGUUCUCCAGAUGUUGGACAAGAAGGAAGACUUUUCUGAAGUGACACAGAUGCCUCUACAAUCCUCGUUGGUGCUGAAGCCAGUUUUGAGUUUCUACAUGAAGUAUUUUUUUGUUUCGGGGAUCUGACAAAAUUGUAUUUAAUGCUAAACCAUUUGAUUAUGUCUCAACUUUUAUGCGUGAAAGCAUUGACUUCUAAAGUUUGUACUUUAAUUAUUUUUAACAUUUUAUACUCCUUUUUUUUAAAAUAAAUUAAAUCUGGUAUAUGGAACUUACCAGUGCAGAAAGAAGUGCUAAUCAAAUGUACCUUCUGUGAAUGUAAUAUGUAAAUUAUCUGCUAUCCAGAAUAUAUUUGCAUUAUGACUGUAUACCUUUUCUUCACUGAUCAGCACCUUGAAAAAAAUAAAAAAAAUACUAAGCUCA